ACCAGGAGGAGUUUUCCACUCAAAACGAGCAACGAAAUCAUCUUUAGGAUUUCUCCACUUAUUCCAAAAUCGACGUUGAAGAUUUGGUUUUCUCCUUCUUCAUCAAUGUCUUCUUCCAAGACUAGUCGCGUUCUUUCCAAAGAUAUGAUGAUGGAAAUUCUGUCGUGGCUUCCGGUGAAAGAUCUCCUGCGAUUCAAGUGCGUUUCAAAAGGGUGGAACCAACUUGUCUCUGAUUCUGCAUUUGUGAAACUUCACCUUCAAAGGUCCUCAAAAGACACUCACACGUUAUUGACCUUUUUGGAUGAUUCCCCUAGCUAUAGAACAAAACAUUAUGCCGUCGUUUGUCCUAUACAAGAUUUAUUUGAAAACCCAUCAUCCACCCUCGAAACUUUACCUCACAGACAUCUCCACUUCAACCGCAAGAACAGUUUUUUGGGUUCCUGCAACGGCUUGGUGUGCUUACAAGAUUCUUGUGCUAACGAUGAAUUCGAAUUUGAAGAAUACUGGUUUUGGAUGGGGAAUCCCGCAACAAGGGUGACGAGUAAUGAGUACCCACAUAUUCGUGUUAAUCACAGCGAUUAUGUAUAUCCUUUCUGGUUGGUGUAUGGGUUUGGGUACGAUGAAUGGAGUGACACUUACCAAGUUGUGUUAUUGGAUAAUAACAGGAAUCAAUCACAGAAACUGGAGGUAAAAGUUUGUUCUUUAGAGGAUAAUUGUUGGAGAAAUACUUUAAUUUGUGAUGCUGUUCACAUUCUGAUGGACCGUAGGCUUCGUGGAAUUUGUGGUGCUUUUGUGUGUGGUACUUUAAACUGGUUAGCAUAUCCGAAAUCCCGCGCUGGUGAUGAUGAAACUAAAAUGAACGAGUUAGAAAUAUUUUCUUACGAUCUGAAGAAGGAGAGUUGCAGUUAUUUCUCUAUGCCUGAUGGGAUUUUAGAAGUUAGUCUUGAUGAGGCUGCGCUUGAGAGGGACUUUCGGGAUGAAAAAUCUUGGUCAAAGUUGCUGCAUUAUAAGAAUCGUCCUUCAAUUUGUUACUACUGUCCACGUUACAUAGACAUGAUUUGUAUGCGUGAGAAGGAUGAUAUCGUGCUGCUUGCAGACACGGGUCUCGAAUCAAAAUCAGAAUUUAUUUGGUGGAACAUCAGAGACAAUAGAAUGGAGGGUCGUGAAAUUUACGACAAGGACAAAUUUAAUCUUUCCUCUUAUGAUUAUGUUCAGAGCUUGGUUUUGCCGUAUAAGAAUUAA